AUGCUCGGCAGGCUCACCAUGCAAGGCCUCAGGAUUCAACAACUCAUGGCCGCCUUCUACGAGGCCAGCAUCCGUAUAGGACGAGCUCAGGUUGACUGCAGCAAGGGGAGGGAAGGACUGGCUGCCCGUGACGGUGUGCAGGAGAAACUGCAAAGGGCCGGCAAACAGGCCCUUCCCGGCCACUGGCGACCCCACCACCUCGCUCCUGCCCGUCCACCGUCUCCAGGUUCGUUGGUAUCCUGCUCGAGGAACCUGUCCAAGGAUGCUUUCCUGCCCGCCUGCCCGCCCGCCUACGUAGUCCGUCCACCUCCCAGUGCUGUCGGUCUGGCUUGCGAGAAACCGUCCCUCUAUCGACGGCACAGGACGACGCGCAUACCCAUCUUUGUCCCAGAAGAUACCCUCCAGCCUCGCUUUCUGCUUCGAAGAGUCAAAGCCACCUACCUACCUGGGGUAACGGGUGUCCUCAACCGUGACGGCAGGGUAAACCCUUCAAGACGGCAGCGACAUGAACUUCCAAACAUGGACCAGGGGCAAUAA